AACCUGCAUAGGAAAACUGAUUAGAGUCUCUUUCUUGAGGUCUUUUCAGAAGAAGUUGAACAGAAGAGCAAAGAUUCAUUUUGAUUCCAGAAGAAUUAUGGGUGUGAAGUUUAUAUCUUGGACCCUCUUUCUUAAUCUUCUACUUGAGAUGAGUUGUUAUGGAAGUGAAGGAGCCAUGGAAAUGGGUGGAGGGCAUAUGGAUCAUCAUCAUAUGGACCCUUCAGUAAUGGUGUUCUUCACAUUAAAAGACUUAAAGAUUGGGAAAACAAUGCCCAUUCAUUUCCCCAAGAGAGAUCCUUCAGCCUCACCAAAGUUUUGGCCCAGAGAGGAAGCUGAUUCAAUUCCUUUCUCAUUAAAUCAACUGCCAAAUCUUCUGAAACACUUCUUUUUCUCCAAAGAUUCUCCUCAAGCUGCGGCCAUGGAAAACACUCUCAGAGAGUGUGAGAGCAAGACCAUCAAAGGAGAGAUCAAGCUCUGUGCUACUUCUUUAGAAUCCAUGCUUGACUUCGCUCAGGAAAUGAUUGGUUCAGGAUCUGGAAUCCAGGCAUUCAGUACUUCUCACAAAACCAAGUCAAGUGUGAAUUUCCAGAACUACACAAUCUUGGAAAUCCUAGCGGAGAUCCCAGCACCAAAGAUGGUGGCUUGCCACACAAUGCCAUACCCUUAUGCAGUUUUCUACUGCCAUAGCCAGAAAAGUGAGAAUAGGGUUUAUAAGAUAUCAUUGGUUGGUGAAAAUGGUGAUAAGGUUGAAGCUAUGGUUGUUUGUCACUUGGACACAUCCCAGUGGAGCCCUACACAUAUUUCCUUUAGGGUUCUUAAAGUUGUUCCUGGAAGCUCUUCUGUGUGCCAUUUCUUCCCAGCAGAUCAUCUCAUCUUUGUCCCUAAACUGCAAACCCAGGGCUUUUCAAGCAUGUGACUUAGCUUCUGCAAUUUUACCCUCUUCUAAUUAAUUAUAUAUCUAUGUAUUUGAAUAAUGUCAAGUUUUAAAUAAAAAAGGAGGUAAUUCUAAGCUACUUGAUGUGUUAUGAUAGUGAGGAGUGUGGACUUGCUUUAGCAGGGUGUCUUUAAGUUGAUCAUGUAUCUCUCCUUUCAUGUAUGACAAGUAAAAUAUUAUUGUUAA